AUGAUGGCGUCGGCGGCGGUCACAUCACGGAAAGUAUCAUCACUUUCACCAUCGCCACCACCACCAGCAUCGGCAGCAUCAUCACGCAACAGUCGCAAUGCUACGUUCCCCCUCGGCAGCGUCACUCGCCUACUGACCAUCUGCCUCUCGCUGCUGCUGCUCGCGUCGCCGGCUGCUGCCUCGUCCAAAAACAUCCAGAUGCGCGAAAUGGACUCGGACGCCAUCGUGCCCCUCCGCUCGCACAGCAUUUACGCGCCCUACGUCGACUCGAAUCUGCAGAACAAGUUCUGGGACUUCGGCGCCGACGCCAUCGUCGACACGAACCGCCACAUCCGCUUGACGCAAGACCGGCCCUCGCAGACGGGUUGGUUGUGGUCGCGCCUGCCCCUGACCGCAGACAACUUUGAGAUCGUGUUCGAGUUCAAGAUCGAAGGCCACGCCUCGCACGUCGCCGGCGAUGGCAUGGCGCUGUGGCUCACCCAGGACCGCGCCAAACCAGGCCCCGUGUUCGGCUCGAUCAACUACUUUACCGGCCUCGGUCUGUUCUUCGACACUUACCCAAACAGCCGCCAUCCGUAUUCGUUCCCACGCAUCUCGCUCAUGAAUGGCAACGGUGUCGAGGCGUACGAGAACGACAAGGACGGCGCGCGCCAGGAAGUCGCGGGCUGCUCGAUCGACUACCGCAACGCCAAGAUCGCCACCAAGGGCAAACUCAUCCAUGUAAAGGAUGUCUACACCGAGCUGCAGAUCCACCAUACCGAGUGGGACCACUGGGAGUCGUGCUUCAAGCUGGAUAACGUCACUCUGCCGCUCAACCCGUACCUCGGCUUCUCGGCACUCACUGGUGACGUCUCGGACAACCACGACAUUGUGUCUGUCACCACGUCCAACAUCGUCUACCGCAACAAGACGCCGCAGCAGAUGCAUGAGAUGAAGAAAAAGCUCUUCCCCGAAAAGUACGGCGUGAAAAACAGCAAGAAGAAGGGCUGGUCGUUUGGCGGAAAUACCAAGGGGUACUCGAGCGAUGUCUCCGAGCCGUCGACGAGGGGCAGCGGCAGGGGUGGGUUUGCCGGGUUUGUGCUCGGCCUGUUCGGCGUGCUUUUCUGGUUGAUCAAGUGGGCGCUGAUCUUGGCCGCGGUGGGUGCCUUGGUCAUGCUGGGUCUGCAGUACCAAAAGCGUCAGAAUAUGAAGCGGUUUUGA